AUGGAGGUCCUAAAGUGGGCAAGAGAACACAACUGCCCCUGGAAUGUUGACACUUGUGUGGGCGCUGCCGCCAAUGGGCAUCUCAAUGUGCUGAAAUGGGCUCGUGAAAACGGCUGCCAUUGGGACAGAGACACAUGUGCCAAUGCAGCUGGGGAAGGGCAUUUGAUAGUACUGAAAUGGGCUCAUGAGAAUGGUUGCCCCUGGGAUGAAUGGACCUGUACCUUUGCUGCAGGGAAUGGAAAUUUGGAAGUCUUGAAAUGGGCCCACAGAAAGGGCUGUCCUUGGGAUGAAAGUCUAUGCCGCAGUGCUUCGGCUAAUGGUCAUUUAGAGGUUCUCCAAUGGGCCCACGAACAUGGCUGUCCUUGGAAUAGUGACACAUGUACCGCAGCUGCUACCCGUGGGCAUUUAGAGAUCCUCAAGUACGCACAUAAAAAUUCUUGUCCAUGGAAUGAAGAGACUUGUUCCAGGGCUGCAAUCCUUGGAUGUUUGGAUCUGCUGACUUGGAUUCACGAAAAUGGCUGCCCUUGGGACAGAAAUACUUGUGCCAAUGCUGCAGCUCAUGGGCAUUUGAAUAUUCUCCAGUAUGCCCAUGAAAAUGGGUGUCCUUGGGAUGAAGAAACUUGCUCAAAUGCUGCUGAGAGUGGGCAUUGGGAAGUUCUCAAGUGGGCUCAUGAAAAUGGAUGCCCUUGGAAUAAUAUCACCUGUUCCUGCAUAGCAGAACAUGGAAAUCUGGAGAUGCUGAAAUGGGCCCAUGAAAAGGGUUGCCCGUGGUCCAGCAACACUUGUGCAAAGGCUGCUCAAGGUGGCCAUCUGGAGCUACUGAAAUGGGCCAGAGAGCAUGGCUGUCCCUGGGAUGUAGAGACAUGUUCUUCAGCUGCGGAGGCUGGUCAUUUGGAGCUUUUGAAAUGGUCUAGAGAAAAGGGAUGUCCAUGGGAUGCAGAUACAUGCACUUAUGCUGCUGGGAAUGGACAUUUGGAAUUGCUCCAGUAUGCCCAUGAGCAAGGUUGCCCCUGGGAUGCAAACACUUGUUCAAGUGCUGCUUGGAGUGGGCAUUUGGAUUUGUUGAAGUGGGCCCGUGAACAGAAUUGUCCAUGGACUGUGUUGACCUGUGCCUAUGCUGCUGGGAAUGGACAGUUGGAAGUGCUCAAAUGGGCCCGAACCAAUGGCUGUCCUUGGGACGGAGACACCAUCUUCCUUGCAAAUCAGUAUGGGCACCAAAACACUCUGAGAUGGGCCCGAGACAAUGGAUGCCCUGUGCCUCUGCCGUAG